AACCUUCACAACUUUCGAAAACCGCCGCUAGUUGAGAUGACAAUAAAACUACCUUUCCGCAACCUUUAAGAGUCGCCGACAGUUGACAUAUCAUAGUUUUUCUUCUGACAACAGAUCUUCCGACAGUAGAUCUUCCAACACUCAAUUUUCAAGGUUUCUGGAGAAUUUUAAAGUGAACAAAGUUGUGAAAUGGGAGGCCGAAAGCAGAUGUGGACACCGAAAGAAGUAACAGCUCUUAGAGCUGGAGUACGUGCAUACGGAAUUGGAAAGUGGCGUGGCAUACUCUCAGACAGUAAGUUUGGCCGAGCUUUGAAGGCUCGCUCAAACGUGGACCUCAAGGACAAAUGGAGAAACAUAAGUGCAGCCACAUUUGGAUCAAGGAAGAAGAAAGUUCUUGCCAUUGUGGCUGUGGCUAACGAUAAUGAUGGAGAACAAGAGAUUGUUCCAGCAUCUCCUGCUAAUGGUGAUAAUGAAGGACUCUUUGCAAGUGUGGAUACAUUUAUAUUGGAGGCUAUUACCAGCUGGAAUAAACUUUUGCGUCCUAACAAGAAGUCGAUCUUGCAUCAUGUUGAGGAGAAAAACAAUAUGCAACCGGAUAAGAAAUGGCUUGUGGCUUCAAGACUUGAGCAUUUGGUAAAUGUUGGAACAAUAAUUAAGAAAAAUAACAGAUACAAGAUAUCUCCAACCUAUGCGGCUGCAGAAGCAGAACAAAGCUCUACUCAACUCUUAUUGGAAGGAAACAAGGAGAAUGGUGUCGUGAAUCAUACUAAAUCCCAAGUAGAUGGAGAAGCAUUUAAGAUAAACGGCAUGACAGAAGAAGAAGCUUCUGCAGCCGCUGCAAUAGCGUUGGAGGAAGCAGAAUAUGCAAGGGCAGAGGCUGAAGAAGCGGCUAGAGAGGCCGAUAGAGCUGAAGCAGAAGCCGAAGCUAUGCAGGAUUAUGCAGAGGCUGUGAAGGAAGUUUGGAAGAAUUGGAUGCCUAGCCAAACUUGGUGCUGAAGCUACAUAAUGUCAAAGCUUGAAUGUAACAUUGUUAUCUAUAUUAUCUAAAACUUUUUCCCAUUGCUAUGUU